ACUGGCAACAAACCAUCCAUGAACUUGUUCGGUGUUAAAUAAAAACUGAAAAUUUAGAUAACAAAAAUUACUCUAAAAUUAGUGUUUAUAAACAAAACAAUUUCUCUAAAAUCUUCAUUCAAAAUAACCCUCUCUUUUAGCUUUUUCAAACAAAAAAAAAAAAGAUGAAGAAGUCAUCACCAUUGCUCUGUUUCUCUCUUGCUCUGUUUUCUCUCCUAUCAUCUCCUUCCUCUUCCGCUCGUAUCUUCUCCUCCGUUGUCCCCUCCGCCGCUCCUUCUCCCGCCGUAUCCACCACCUCCGACGGGGGCGUAGAUGAAACCGAUUUCUCCGCCUUCACGCAAUGGAACAUUUUAAACCUAACUGACCUCAAAAGCACCUUUAAAAACCUCCCGGAUCUCUCUAAGCUCAACAUCUCAUCCCUCCACGUGUCACCCGCCGUUGGCUACGUCUGCUCUAACACCGACUACGCUGCCGAAUGCAUCGUCUCAAUCCUCCCACUCCUCCGCGACUUCCGCAAAUUCGAGCCAAAACCCAUCGACGUCCUUCGAAUGGAGAUGAGUGCGCUCUACGAGAAAGCUAACGCCACGCUCGACUUAGCCAAGCGUCUCAUCGUUGACCAGUCAACGCCGCGUGACGUGGCUGAUGUUUUGGACUUAUGUGUCGAUAACUACGAGUCGCUUCUCGAUGAUCUCAAAGAUGCUUCCGUAGCCGUCGAUGAUGGAGACUUUGGACGGCUCGAGAGUGUGGUGAGUGCUGCGAUCGCUGAUGUGGUGACUUGCUCGGACGCGUUCACUGAGUCGUCGGAGCUUGAGUCGCCGAUGGUUAACGUUGAUGCUUUUCUUAAGAAGCUUUGUAGUAAUGUCUUGGCUAUUUCUCAGAUGAUCCAUAUGUAAUGCGUAAGUAUAAAUGUUAAAGAGUCCAGUAAUGUGGUGGAUCCAAACAAUAUACUCAUGAUUUGCCAUGAAAUACAUUUGAUAAGUGAAAAUAAAAUAUAUCGUGUACAUAAAUUGAUCUA